AUGAAGGAUAAUACGCAUAUGGAAAGCGAACGCCGAGAGAGCCAACAUCACCGCACGGGGAAUCCUUGGAAGAGCGAUCCAACACCCAUAACCCUACCUAAAGAGAGACAGUCCCGUUUGCUGAUGCCAUCAUUUGAAAAACUGCCAGGCAUUGAAGUCAUAUCACCGCUGCGAGUGUACCCUACACGAAGGACCAUUGAUGAAAAGGCGAAUGGUUCGGAUACGCGGCCUGCCAAACGGCAACGAAUCGGCCGGGAGGGUGCCCUCACGACCUUGAAUAGUGGAUCGCGUCGUGAGCUCCCUCGCUCAGAACCGAUGGAUCGUCUCACGGAGUCAACUCCAUCGUCCGUGCAACAGCGUGAGAGACAAGCUCCCCCGCGGGGGUCUAUCAGUAUCGAUAUCGAGUCCGAUGAAGACAGGAUAAUGGUCCUACCUCCUCUGAAACGCAAGGAUAAAGGGAAGACACCCAUGCGAGUAACUACCCGCACGCCACAGGCUGGAUAUAGAGGGACCGCGAUCAUCAGCCCUGAACGUGCCGUCGCGCCGGUCGUCCACAAGGAGGCUCGACCUACGCUCGGCUCAUCGAGGCUCCCCUCUGAGUCCGUAAAGCAUAUUUUGGACGGAGACUCUGCGUCUAUCACUACACACGGUUCUGGUGGUGCCGUUCCUUUACAAGACCCGGUCGCUACUCAGAGUCAAAGUACGCAAACUGAGCCCUCACACGAGAUCUCUGCCACUCCGCCGUUAUCUAUCGCCGCUGUCAAGACUCUACUUGACCUACGCAGAAGCGCUCUCGAGGUACUGACUGAGGAGCAGCUGCCGGAGGAAUUACGCGUUGAGAACCUGAAGAGUAUACUUGGACGCACUGUUGCGGGUGUCGUUGCCAGUGGAAGUAGCGGAACCUGA